UAUCUGACCCUGUAUCAGUGGAUAAGGGAAACUUCUACCCAUCUGUUUAUUUGGGUUGUUUUGGGGUACAGAUAGUUCAGCCUGAUUGUAGCGUUGGCCCCUUGAUGACCCUUAGUGUGUGUCAGACAGAGAUAUAUGCAACAUGGACAAGAAAGCAACACAUGUCUGUAAUCGUGUGUGUUAAAGAAUGUUAUUUUAUUUAUUUUGUUCUUAGCAGGUAACUUGCUAGCUCUGGUGCAGGAACGUCGCACUGGACCAUAGCUUUAAACAUAAUAGCAAUAAAUCAGUGACUGGCUAGCUAGCCUUGCAUCUCUGAAUGAUCAGGACGACGACAGCAAACACUACAGACGGACACGUUUUGCGGAUGGAACCACUUCUUCUGUGAACUCUCGAAACGAACGCAAAAGCCCUCGCGAGAGCCUUGGAAUUUCCUCUUUGAACGGAACCUGCUUCCAAGAUGUCUCUGGUCAUUCCCGAGAAGUUCCAGCACAUUCUUCGUGUUCUCAACACGAACAUUGAUGGUAGGAGGAAGAUUGCCUUCGCCAUCACAGCAAUCAAGGGUGUUGGCAGACGAUAUGCCCAUGUUGUCCUGAGGAAGGCUGAUAUCGACCUCAGCAAGCGGGCUGGAGAACUGACCGAUGAUGAGGUCGAGAGGGUAGUGACAAUUAUGCAGAAUCCUCGCCAGUACAAAAUCCCUGACUGGUUCCUCAACAGACAGAAGGAUGUAAAGGAUGGCAAGUACAGUCAGGUCCUUGCUAACGGUCUGGAUAACAAGCUGAGAGAGGAUCUUGAGAGGCUGAAGAAGAUCAGGGCUCACCGUGGUCUCAGGCAUUUCUGGGGUCUGCGUGUGCGUGGCCAGCACACUAAGACCACCGGUCGUCGUGGUCGCACCGUUGGUGUGUCCAAGAAGAAGUAAACUGUCUCCCUGCUCCCCAUGUGUCAAUAAAUGCCACAGUUCACACA